UCUUAGAUGCCAUUUUGGAUUUCUAACAUGUUAGCUGUUUUUAUUUACUAAUAAUAAUACUUUGUAUCAAUUAAUACUUUAUCUAUUCAAAUUAACUUCUGAUAUUAAAAAAUUGUGGACUUAAAGCUAAAACCGCUCUCCAUAUGGAUCUCCCAAAAGCCCGCUUCAUUCGCUUUCAGGUCAGAGGACUUUUAUUUUGAAAAAGGUUCCUACAGGAAGCACGUUCUCGUUCUCGGGUGGUUGUUUUGCCUGUGAGGGCUGCGGUGGGUGAUUAAAUGCAGUAAACAGGCCUAUGGGUUGCAGUGAUGACAGUGGUGAACUUGUCGUUCUCUGCCUGUGGCUUUAUGGGUAUCUACCAGCUUGGUGCAGUGGGAGCGUUCCUCAGACACGGCGACAGGCUGCUGGCUUCUAUGAGAGCAUGUGCAGGGGCUUCAGCUGGAGCUUUGGUUGCCACUGUAGUCAUCACAGCCCCUGACAAGCUGGAGCAUUGUAAAGAAUUCACCUACAGGUGCAGCAACGUCAGAAGACAGAGGUUUGGUCCACUGACCCCAGGAUAUGACUUCAUGAUGGAGCUCAGAGACGGCAUAGAAGACAUUCUCCCACAGAAUGCCCACCUGUUAGCCAACGAGCGCCUCCACAUUUCCAUAACCAACUCCAGGACGGGGAAGAACAGCAUGGUGUCCAACUUCACCUCAAGAGACGACCUCAUUAAGGUCCUUUUGGCCAGCAGCUUCGUGCCCAUUUAUGCUGGAAUGAAGCCAGUGGAAUUCCAAGGGCAGAGAUGGAUAGACGGUGGUUUUACAGACAGUCUUCCUAUCCUUCCUGUGGGACGUACCAUCACUGUGUCCCCAUUCAGCGGCUCACAGGAUGUCUGCCCACGUCACGCUGGCCACAGGAAGCUGCAUCUCAGAGUGGCUAACAUGAACAUUAUAUUUUCUAGGGAUAACAUCAAACGACUGAACCAAGCCCUGUUUCCUCCAUCCCUGCCCAGAAUGCAAGCCAUACAUCAGGAAGGUUACGAGGACGCUCUGCGCUUUCUGAGGACUGAGGGCUGGAUGCAGUAAUAAGCGUUAGAGCCUUAUUUUAGUGUUUUUAAUUUGCCAUAAAUGUCAAGUAUGAGGUUACUGUAGUAACUGUUUGGCAGACCUGAAGUGUUUUCAACUUUGAAAAAAGCAUUUUAAGGGCAGUUUUACAAAAUGUUUUACUGGAACCAGGGGCACAGCUAUAAGGGGGGCUUGGGGGGGCCUUAGGGAGAAAGCCAAUGAAAAUAUAAAAUGAAAGGUGGUUAUGAGCUCUUAUAAUGCAGCAUGAACCCUCGUGCCUUUAUCCAUGUUAAAUGAGUAGACAUUGCCAAAGCUCUUCUGAGAUCAUCACUGUUGUCGGUGGCUGCUGUCACCGUGGCCAAGUUUACAUGGCUACAUGCCACCAUCGGCCACUGUUUUACAAUCAAUUAUGAAAUAAGGCACGAAACAAGGCUGUUUUUCAAUGUCAAAAUGUAAACACAGCAUUGCCCUGCUUGACUGUUUCUCCAGAUUGUGGAAAAUUAGCUGAGCUGUGUUCGUUCCUGUAGGUCAGAGGUUCCCAAUCACCAGGCUGUGGGCCAGUAUUAGGCCGCAGCAAUGAGCAGUAAGCAGGGGGUAUUUAGUAGCCUGAAGAUUUUAUCCUUACUAUUAAUGUAAAUAAUAUUAUUAUAUCAAAAUAUCUUUAUAUAAGCCUUAAUUCUUGCCAUUAAAAUGUUUUUAAAUUAAUUUUAUGUCAUUUUUUAAUAUCACAUGCAUGCACAUAGUUUGCUGUUGGCAGCUUUCAGCUAAUGACUAAGUGAAAAAGUCAAAAAAGAGGAAACUGACAACAUUAACAAAGGACUAUUUGCAGCUGCAAACAAAAAGACAUCGAAGACAAGAACAAAAACAAUACCAAAAUAAUACAUUCAUUUGCAAAUAAUAAAACCAUAAAACCAUAUGGUAUGCAAGGAGAAACUAGACAAUAAGGCUAUAAAGCUGUCCAAUUUCUUUACAAUUUGGAGACAAAAUAUUCCUCAACUACAGUAAAACAUAGGCUAAUCAUGUGUAUUUCUACAUCCAACCCCAGUUCCCUACAAAUACAUAUGGUCUGCAAUGUUAACAAGGUUGGGAACCCCUGCUGUAUGCUACUUACCUAGCUAGCAAGCUAGUUGACCGUAAUAAAGAUAUACAAUAGAACUGGAAGUUUAAUAUUGUGUAGAAAUUACAAGAACAUUCCAGUCUUCAAUCUUUUUGGCCUAGACAUCAAUGCCUGCUGUUAUAAAAAGUAGGUCUGCGGUUACCAAUAUCUUCUGCAUUACGCUGUAAGUUGUUAUAGUGACUAGGCAGUUAAAUGUGAGGUAAGCUGUUGUGCAUUUAAAACUGUAAAUGAAUGAAUAAAUGACUCUGUAUGGUUACAGAAGACACGGUGAAACAGGCUAGUUGGUAGUUGUCAUCCUCCUUACAGCAGUGUCUCUGGGACAUAAUGCCCGUAACCAGAUCCCCCUUAAAUUGACAUUCUGAAAUUCUGGCUAUGCCACUGAUUGUAACGUGUUUUAUUUUAAAUUGACUGUAAUUAAGUGUUGACUUGAACCUGUAAUAUAUAAUUUCUUCUUAAAUGAAACUGCUGAUUUGUUUGUAUAUUUUGUGCCAAACAUAGUUUCCUAAAUAAAGCAAUGUUCUGUGUCUGGAAA